ACACCGUUCCCAGAGGGGACAUUGUACGAUGCUUCUCCACGUCUGCUCACAAAGUAACGGUCGUAGCGUCUGCAUAUAGGGGGACUUUAUAUGCUUUUGAAAGGCCUUGCACACACACGUCCUUUUUCUAUCCCCUCGUAAUAUUAGACUCAUCAAUAGUGUUUUCAUCCCGACAUUCUUUUUUAUCUUUGAUUGUAUAGAAAAGCGCAGACAUGAUGAAUCAGCUUAUCCAACCAACUGCACGAUCCCGGUUGCUUUUCCAGGCAGCAGCAAAUGCCCUCGACAAUGCUGGCGUUCCACUAAGCGGUGUACAAGCUUUCCACCAGGCUCCCAAUCUGCAAGAAGAAAUGGUUCUUGCAAGCAUGAACGAUCCAAACCAUCUGGCCUAUCUCGAAACACAGCAUUUCACCACUGGUGAGACCGUCCAGGCAGCAGAAUUAGAGCGUGCCGCUCAUGCCCUGGCGCUGAAGCAUGCUGUAUUACGCACCAUCUUUUGUUGGAGUGAAUGCAGUGAUCCGCAGGCAAGCCAUAUCGCUAUGGUAGUCCUUGGCAGCGACUACCUUGGACAGACAGUCACUUUUGUUGAAGAAAAUUCCCCUUUGGGCCUGGAAUCCAACGAUAUCCAUGUUCGAUUUGAUGUCUUGGGAUCCCCUGGGUCUGCGACAGCUGGACAGUGGCGUAAAGAGAUGCCCUGGAAGAUCUCCGUCGCCUCUAUACCAGAUAAGCAGGGAUCCCGCGUGACGUUGAGCUAUCACCAGGCACUUUUGGACCAGACAUCGGCCUUCCGACUGGUGCGGUACCUGCAGGGCGAAUUAAGCACACCUGGUUCCGUUCAAGAUCGGUCCGAUUUUUUCGCCGUCCACAAGGGCCAGGCCUAUAGAUGUAGUCGAGAUAUCCAGGCUCGGUUGCAAGAGAGGUUCUCCAGAAUAACGUCGCUUCCUUUCUCCCCCGACGAAAUAGCACUCGAAAAUAGAUUCGGACACGGAGAGAAGAUUCGCAAAGUGACAGCAAGUCUCCGCGGAGAUAACAAUCAUGCUACAGUACCUGCAUGGAUGGCUCGACUGGCACUAUUUAUGUCAAUGUGCACACUCGGAAAAAUUCAAGACGCAACAUUUUUUGAGCUGAUGUCAGGUAGAGAGCUUCUCCCAUCAGUCCACCAGGAUGUGCUAGGUCAUGUUUCGGUGCCGCAGAUUCGGCGGUGUCAUUUCGCAAGCAAUGCUUCUCUAUAUGACAUUGCCCAGGAGCUUAAUUCAGAAACUGACAUCGGCCAUGGCUUCUCGCCGGAGCAGAUACGCUCUUUGUUCCCGAAGUUAGACAAGCGGCAUCUAGUGUGUCUGAUCUGUCAUGCAGAUGAGCCUGCGUUUACCAGAGUGGGUUCCUGGAUUUGGGAUGGCAAGAAGUCAGAGUCUGACAUACCCUUGACCGUCGAGAUUAUGCCCCUGGGACAUGAAUCCUGUCUGGUCUCCAUUCGCUACCACCGCAAACAGUUCGCAGAAAAUACCAUCGUGGCUCUUCAGGAGUUCUUUUGUGGAAUGGUCGAAUGGUUGCAAGAGGCUCACAGCAAUUUGAAGAACCAUACCUUUGCAGCUGCGGUACAACACGUUCUUUCUGUUUGCCCACAAGCUGAGGAUUAUCUCAAUCUUCUCACAGGCCAGUCAAGUUCUGGGACCAUCGACCCAAGCCAGGAGGCUUACCCCGACAUGUUCCGAAAUAGUCAAAUGCAAGCCAUGCAUAAGAGUGACAUGUGCGCGCACCAUUUUCUGGAGCAACAAGCCAAACGAAUACCACAGAAAAUUGCUCUACAAUACGAGCGAUCCGAAUACAUGACCUACAGGCAAUUAGACGACCGCUGCAACGAAGUCGCUGGCGCCCUCAUAGAUUGGCUUGAUGGCGUCCGUACAAAAAUGCCCCACGAGGAAAUCAUCAUCCCAAUUUGCUUCAAAAAGGGAAUUGCGAUGAUCAUAGCCAUGUUUGCUGUUCUAAAAGCCGGCGCUGCUUUCGUCGCCAUCGAUAUUAGCCAUCCGACUGAUCGGAUCACAAGCAUACUCCAGAAUACGAAAGCGUGUGUCAUUCUGUGCGGUGAUCAGAAUCACACCGUGGAGCUGCAAGAAGCUGCGGAAAGGUCUGGGGCUUUAAUUGUCACAGUGAGCGAAUUGACACAGACGCAGACGCAGACGGAGAGAAAGCACCGAACUUCCGUUUCUAGGAAGGUGUGUGUGUCUGGCUCGUCGCUGGCGUUUGUCCAAACGACAUCCGGGACAACAGGAACACCGAAGUGUAUCAUGGUCGAGCAUCGCAACCUCGUGGCUCUUAUGCAACCAAAGGAAGAGGAAUCCCUGUGGGCUUGGACGACCAUUGGGCUUCAAUUGGCGAACCUGACGUUCGACAUGGCUAAGGAAGAUAUAUUCAUGACCCUGAGCCGGGGCGGACGUUUGACUCUCGGUCCAGACGCAGAGAUCCUCUCGCGUUUACCUGAAUGGUUGGAGAUGACGAGUAUAACACAUCUGAUAACCACACCGCUGAUAGCAGACUUGCUGGAAAGUCGGGUCCCGCCAUACCUGACAACGAUAAUGCUUGGCGGAGAAUCCUUCCACCCGUCUCUCAUAGGGGGAGUCCCAAGUGAAUGCCGCCUGUACAACGGCUAUGGCCCGAGUGAGACAACCAUCGUGGCAACGAGAUACAGAGUAUCACUGGCGGAUCAGGUUCGAUCAACAAUUCCGGUUGGUAGUCCGUAUGGAUUGUGUAGGAUAUACAUUCUAGGACCUGGAAGUUUGGAGCAAGUCGCGAAAGGGGAAGUCGGAGAAAUCUGUAUCGGUGGCCCUCAGGUCACGAGAGGCUAUUUGGGACAAUCUGAUAUCACUGCUGCCAAUUUCAUACCGGACCCUUUCAGCGGUGAUGACGACCAGAAAAUGUACCGGACUGGAGACCUUGGUCGAUUCCUCCCCGAGGGCAUGCUUGACUAUCUGGGGCGCAUAGACAGCCAAGUGAAGGUCCGCGGACAAAGGGUCGAGACCCUCGAGAUCGAGGCAUUGAUUGGGCAACAUGAAGAAGUCAAGAAUUGCGCUGUUGUUCUAGGCGAGAGUAUUGACGGAGGGACCCUCGUUGCAUUUGUUGAGACGAAGACAACCUGCACAGUUGUCCAAAAUGCUGCACAUAAUGACUGGUCACAUACCAUGGCCGAAAUCAAAUCGCACGUGGUCAAUCGCUUGCCUGAUUACAUGAUCCCUGGAUAUAUCAUAAAGGUAGACGACGGUCUUCCUCGGCUGGCCAGCAACAAGCUUGAUCGACGGGAGUUGGCAUCGAGGGCGACAAAACUACUGGCAAUGGAAAUCGAUAGAUCCUAUAUGCCAACGGAAUAUAUGCAGCCAAGCGAUGAAAUCGAAAAGCAGGUUUGCGAAGCCUUCAGCACGGUGCUCUCUUGCCGAGUUGGGAUCUCUGACAAUUUUCUGAACCUUGGAGGACAUUCAGUCACGGCUAUUCGCGCAGCCAGCAGAAUUAGACAACAAAUCCGCACUAACAUCACCUUCAGAGACAUCCUAGAAUGUCUGACCCCACACUCGUUAAGCAUACGCAUUCGCCAAUCGGGCGGAAUGACGGGCUCUUCUUCCGAGAUGCCGCACCACUCGCCUUAUGGAACUUUAGAGCAAUCAUUUGCACAGGGGCGGUUGUGGUUCGUGGAGCAGCUACAUUCAAACCUAAGCUGGUAUCUCAUACCACUUGCUUUCCGGGUUCGAGGGCCGCUUCGGCUUGACGUCCUCGAGGCCGUGUUCCUUGCAAUUGAACAACGUCAUGAGACACUGCGAACGACAUUCGAAGAACGGAACGGUGUUCAUUUGCAAAUAAUUCAUCGUUUUGUACCGAAAAAGAUCCGGCUACUAGAUAUCGAGAGCGUUGCAGGAGAUAGAGAAGAGAUACUUCGUGAUGCCUUGCGCCGGGAGCAAACAACGCCGUUUGACCUCAGCAGCGAGAGUGGAUGGAGGCCUGCGGUAAUCCGAAUGAAUAACGAAGACCAUAUUGUAUCGAUCGUCUUGCAUCACAUAAUUGCAGACGGGUGGUCCCUGGGAAUCCUUUUUCGCGAGGUCACAUCUCUCUAUUCCGCUGGGAUCCGUGGGAAGGAUCCAAUGACACACUUGCCACCACUCCCGAUUCAAUACCAGGAAUACUCCUUAUGGCAGCGCCAGGAAGAACAGCUGAUGGAGCAAAACCGUCAACUGGAGUACUGGACCCGUCAACUGCAAGGCAGCCAUCCGGCAGAGUUCAUCUGCGACCAUCCUCGACCCCCCAUACCUUCAGGAAUUGCCGAUGUCAGAGAGCUUAGUAUCGGGGAUAACUUGUACAAAGAAUUGCAGCGAUUUUGCAGGCGACUGCAAGUAACGCCGUUCAUUGUUCUCUUAGCCGCCUUUCGAGCAGCUCAUUACCGCAUGACGGGGUCAGUAGACGCGACGAUCGGCACUCCGAUUACUAACCGCAAUCGCGAAGAGCACGAAGGGCUCAUUGGGCUGUUUGUAAACAUGCAGUGCAUGCGGAUCCUGAUACCCGAGGAAGAGUCAUUUGAACAGCUGGUUCUGCAGGUUAAGGACACAGCAGCCGCAGCAUUUGCACACGACGAAGUGCCGUUUGAGAAUAUCGUGUCCAAGCUGCAGCCCACACGGGUGACCUCUCGAACUCCCUUGAUACAGACAGUGUUUGCUGUUCACCCCGAGCACCACGACGGAGUUCCCCUCGAAGGUCUGGAGUCAGAAAGGAUUAAUCUCACACAUGUCACACGAUUUGAUCUCGAGUUCCACUUUCACCAGCAUGAGCGCGGGUUUCAUGGUGAGAUCUUGUUUGCCACAGAUCUCUUUCAUCACCGGACAAUUGAAACUUUGGUAUCGACCUUCCAUCAGAUACUAAAAAGCGGCUUGAACGAACCUGACACGCAGAUUGAAAAUAUACCUCUUCAGGACGGAACAUCUGCACUUAAACACAUGGGAUUGAUCGAGAUCCAGCGCACUGAUUAUCCCCGUGACUCAAGUAUAGUCGAUCUCUUUCGCCAGCAGGUAAACUCAACACCCGACGCAACAGCCAUCAAAGACAAUUCGGGUAAAUGGUCGUAUUCCAUGCUUGAUCGCGAGUCCGAAAAAAUAGCGGAUUGGUUGACCGGGCUGGACCUUGAGGCAGAGACCGUGAUUGCGGUACUUUCGAAGCGAUCAUGCGAAGCAGUCGCAGCAUUCCUGGGAAUCCUCAAGGCAAAUAUGGCUUACAUCCCAUUGGAUGUCACCUUUCCCACUUCCAGAAUCGAGACCAUAUUUUCCUCCAUUCAAGGACCAAGAAUAGUUCUCCUGGGGUCAGAAUUUGAACCCCCGGUGAUCCAGCUAGAUCGUCUAGACAUGGUACCGAUAAAACGAGUCCUUCACACAAGCAUCCAGGAGAGUCGAGAGAAGACUGAGCGCAGUCGACCCAGUGCUAACAGCCUGGCAUUUGUUCUUUUCACUUCGGGAUCCACCGGCCGGCCCAAGGGAGUCAUGAUUGAACAUAGGGGGGUCGUGUUACGCGCGAGGGAUUCCAGCAUGUUUGCCAGCAAUGACAGAAGAAAGACAUUCGCGCAUAUGGCUAGCAUUGGAUUUGAUGCAGCGGCUUGGGAGAUAUACAACCCACUGCUCAACGGCGGCACAGUGCUUUGUAUAGACACCAUGACGGCUCUUGACCACGCAGCUCUGUCCAAUAUAUUUCAAGAGGAGAAUGUCCGAACGGCAUUCAUGACACCAGCGGUAUUGAAGCAGUUCGUUUUAGAGUCACCGGCUGGGAUUGCUGAGUUGGAUAUCCUGGUUCUUGGGGGCGAUCGGCCAGAUCCUCGGGAUUUAAUCAAGGCAAGCAGGCUAGUUCACAAAGAAGUUGUCAAUGCAUAUGGACCAACCGAGAAUUCGUUUUACAGCACCUUGCAUCGGGUUUCAGGCAAAAGUCAGUACCAUACCGGUGUGCCUAUUGGAAAACCAGUACACAACUCCGGGGCAUAUGUCAUGGACAGAGAUUUGCGGGUGAUGCAGCCUGGUGUAUUGGGAGAACUCGUUGUCGUUGGAGAUGGUCUUGCACGAGGAUAUAGUGAUGCAACCAAGAAUUUGAAUCGGUUUGUCAGCAUUGAAAUCGACGGUCAAGUGGUCAGGGGCUAUCGCACAGGGGAUCGAGCUCGGUAUCGACCAGCAGACGGGCAGUUGGAAUUCAUCGGCCGGCUGGAUGGUCAAGUCAAGGUCCGAGGUUUCCGAGUUGAGACUGGCGAGAUUGAGAAUGUUCUCCUUGAGUCUGGCCUGUUAGACAGUGCUGCUGUUAUCCUACAGCAGGAAGACAAUAAGGACCCUCAACUCGUCGCUUUUGUCACAAGAGAGAGAAACAUGCAACAUGCAACCCACACCCACUCAGAGCAAGACAUGACAGAAGAGCACAAUGUAGAAGAAGCCUGGAAGGAAAUCUUCAAUGCCACUGCUUACGAAACCAGCAUCGGAGCUCAUCAUGUUGGGCGGGACUUUUCCGGAUGGAAGUCAAUGUACGACGGCGCCGACAUCGAUAAAGCCGAAAUGAGCGAAUGGUUGGACGACAGCAUCGCAACGCUCCUGAACGGUGGGCCACCAGGUCAUGUUCUCGAGAUUGGGACAGGAUCAGGCAUGAUCCUCUUCAAUCUUACAGAGGGUCUGCAAAGCUAUAUCGGCUUCGAGCCGGUGCAGCCCCUUGUAGAUUUCAUCAACAAGACCAUAACAGAUCUCAAACCAAGCCUGGCUGACAAGGUACAGCUGCAUGUCGGAAGCGCGAGUGAUUUGAGCAGUAUCGCAAGCAACAGCGUCCAGCCUGAUCUCGUCGUGGUCAACUCUGUCGCCCAAUAUUUCCCAAAUGCGGAUUAUCUGGGCCGGCUUAUCGAGGAUCUGAUCCGUGUGCAUCGUGCAAAGACGCUAUUCUUCGGGGAUAUUCGAUCGUAUGCCCUGUACAGCCAGUUUCAGGUGACAAAGGCAUUGCAUGCUUGCGGGGAAAUGGCAAGCCUAAGCGACAUCCGCGAAAACAUGGCUGAGACGGUGGAAAGCGAGACCGAGCUGCUGGUUGACCCGGCAUUUUUCACUGUCUUGACGGACCAACUCCCCGAUCUCAUCCAUCAUGUCGAGAUUCUACCCAAGAGAAUGGGAGCCAGUAAUGAGCUUAGCUGCUAUCGCUAUUCGGCUGUCAUUCACGCUGUGUGUGACGACCAAUCUCAGGAAGUCCACAUUAUAGACGACGAGCAAUGGAUAGAUUUCAGUGCUCGUGGACUGGACCGGGAACGGCUUUUGCACCUAUUGCAGCAAUCUUCUGAUCCAUCCGUGUUAGCUAUUUCUAACAUUCCGCACAGCAAGACCGUGCUAGAAAGGCUCAUUGUCGAAGCACUGUCAGAUCCGUCCAAAUCCACGGGGGUCGACGAGUUGUUAUCUAUCCGUCAGAAGUCCGAAGAGGUCAAUGCACUCUCUGCAGUUGACCUGAUGGACUUGGGUGCCCUCGCAAACUUCCGCGUUGAAAUAAGCUGGGCGCGACAUUUUUCACAACACGGUGGAUUUGACGCCAUUUUCCACAGAAUAGAGCCCGAAUGCAACAGGGAAAGAACGAUGUUUCGGUUCAAGACAGACCAUAAAGGUCGCUCAGCUCGGACAUUCAGCAAUAACCCAAUGCAGAAUCGGUCAGGGAGAAGCAUAAAUAAAAGGCUGAGACAAUUGCUAAAGAGCCGUCUGCCAUCGUACAUGGUCCCAGCGGUGAUCCAGGUUAUCGACAAGAUGCCGAUAAACCACAACGGCAAGAUAGACAGGCGGGUACUGGCUAGAAUGGCCACAACUGCAUCUUCCAAGCAGACAGAACCAGCGUCAACAUAUGCACCUCCCAGAGAUGACAUGGAACGGGUGGUUUGUGAAGAGUUUGCAACUGUACUUGGAUCGGAAGUUGGUAUCACCGACAGCUUUUUCAAUCUUGGUGGACACUCCUUAAUGGCAACAAGAACAAUCUCUUCCAUUGUCAAGCGAUUGAAAUGCAUAAUCACUGUCCGCGACUUGUUUGACUGUCCAACGCCGGAGGCUCUGGCGAAGAAAAUAUCAUCGAUUGCCGGUGAAAAGGGACCCAUGGAAAGCGAGAGCGAAGACAUCAUAGUCUUUGCCGAUCUCCCCCCAAUGAAGUUAGAUGGUUCGCAGGAGGCAGUCGAGGCAAGUGGUCUCUGCGCGGAAGAUAUUGAGCAAAUCAUGCCAUGCACACCUUUUCAAGAAGGUGUACUCACCACCGACAUGGUCGUUAGAGAAUCCCCGACUUAUCAGGCUACUAUGAGACUCGAAUUUGAUGGAAUUUUGGAUUUCGACAAGAUGCAGUCAGCAUGGCAAUCAACGGUUGAGCGAGAGGUAAUGCUUCGAACGGCUUUCCUGCCGACUACCCGAGCUUUGCAUGGACAGGGGAUUUGCAGUGGUGCGUUUUUGCAAGCGGUUCUUCGUAACAACUCCGAAGAAGUUGUCAGAGUCGCUACCAUUCGAGGGUUUGAUGCGGAAGGGCACACUUCACCACCGGACCUUAAGAUGGGUCACAUACCAGUCUCAUUGUCUUGGGUUCCAAACAAGAACUCUGAUGAUCAUGAAUUAGAGCUAACAAUCCACCACGCUCUAUACGACGAGGCGUAUUUGACUUCAAUUCUCGACGGGCUAUCACAUGAUUACCAUCGAGCCAGUGAAGGUAGCAAUGAAGGGGGUUGCGAAAACGCUCGCGUUCCUUUCACGGCUUUCGUCCGUAUGCUGCAAACCAAAGAGCACUCAAAGACUUCUUUGUUUUGGAAGGAGUACCUCAAAGAUGCCCCAACCAGUACUUGGCCCAUUCCAAGCGGUCUGAAAGGUCCUAUAGGAGGAGAAAAUAUUGCCAUGGUGAGGGCCUUUGAGUGGAGAGGUAACGCGGGAAAGGUAUCCAAGGCGUUAGGAACCACGCCUGCUGGAAUGGCGAGAGCAGCCUUCGCCUUGACUAUUGCGACACACAGUGACUCAGACGAUAUCACUUGGGGAGAGGUUUCAAGUGGGCGAUCUCAUUCGGGUUUUGUUGCUGGUCCCUGUAUUGCAACACACCCGGUGAGAAUUCGUCUAGCUGCAAAGGAAGAGCAGCUAGACAAUAGUAUCCCACGUGGAAGAGUAUCGGUGGAUACGCUUCUCAGACGUACUCGAGAUGCAUACUUGGAUACAAUACCCUAUCAGCAUCUUGGUCUGCAACCCAUUCGGCAGCUGACUGGGAAUCCCGACUUGCUGCCCUUCCAGGUACUCUUCGUCUACCAGGAGUCGGUUUCAAGAGAUCUGAACCAGAUCAAGCCAUGGGGCAACUUCAGAACCGGUGAUAGCCAGAUGAGCCAUGCAGAGUUCCCCCUCGUGCUCGAAGUUUCUUGUCAUAAUAUAACUGGCCAUAUCUCCAUGCGGGGUGUAUUCGACCCAUUCGUGCUUCCAUCAGCGGAUGUGGAAUGGAUCUUGCAACAUGUUGCUGACUCGCUCGAUCUGAUUGCUUGCCGUGCGAUGUCCGAGCCUGAUGGAAAAUGUUCCGAGGCCAGUCUCAUCAUUAGUGACCAUGAGAAGAAGAUCCUCGAGCAAGUGUCAGCCGGCGGGAACGCUGUAACAUGCGAAGACGCUGAACCGGUUCCUACGGUGGUCGACAUCUUCCAUCGACAUGCGACCGAUGCACCACAAAAGAUUGCCAUCCAAGUCGAGAGAACCGAUUAUGCUACAUAUCAACAAAUCGAUCAUUCAAGCGACCGAGUUGCCUCUGGACUCCAAAAGCUGAUCACCAAGCAUGCAACCAAGACGCCUACUCAACAAUACAUUCCCGUCUUUUUCGAGAAGUCGAUCGACAUGGUGACUGCCAUUUUGGCGAUUUUGAAAGCCGGGGCGGCAUUUGUUCCCAUGGAUGUUCAACAUCCGAUGCAGAGAUUGGAGGCAAUUUGCGAGGCUACUCGAGCCAGCAUUAUCAUUUGGGACGGCAUCAACGGCGGUGAGAAGCUGCGCAAUCUAGCGAAGUCGACAGGAGCUAUCCUACGCACCGUGAGCGACCUCAUUGAAAACGAGAGCCAACCAUUUAUCCAAAGAAGGCUCGCUUUGGACUCCUUGGCCUAUGUUCUCUUCACAUCAGGGUCCACUGGGGUACCGAAAGGAGUCAUGGUUGAGCAUCGGAGUCUGGCCUCGUUUGCGCUGUCCGAAGAAGGAAGUACAGAUUGCUCCUGGACUUCCAACCGCCUUGCGCUACUUGCGUCUACUUUCGAUGCAUCAGUGGGCGAUCUGUUCGCGACUCUCAGCAAAGGCGGUCGGCUUUUCUUUGUGGAACAAAACAAGUUGCUGCCCCGGCUAGGAUAUUGGCUGGAAGAGUUGAACAUCACACAUCUGGCGCUGACCCCUACGUUGGGUGCUCUCAUGAUGAAAGACCUUCAGAACAAUCAGCGACUAUCCCACCUCCAUACACUGGUCUUUGGGGGUGAGCCCUUCCGUGCAAGCUUACUCGAUCAAAUACCCAAAGACCUGACCAUCUGGAAUGGCUAUGGUCCGACCGAGACAACUAUUGAGGUAGCGGCCUGUAAACUACAAGGCCCUGGUGUCGACAUGCGCCAGGGCCGGCUCUAUGUUCCGAUCGGAAAUUCUAGCAAGGACAGGCGCAUUUAUCUGCUGCGUCCUGGAACACAAGAGCAGGUUCCCAUAGGAUCGGUCGGAGAGAUGUGUAUUGGCGGACCACAGAUUGCGCGAGGAUAUCUAGGCCAACCUGACCUGACCGCAGCACAAUUCACCCACGAUCCGUUCUCGCCGACUAGACACGGGAAGUUGUACCGCACAGGGGAUAUAGCGAGACUCCACGGUGACGGGCAGCUUGAAUAUCUUGGUCGAAUAGAUGGACAGAUCAAGCUUCGAGGCCUUCGGAUUGACACGAAUGAGAUCUGCUCCAUCGCACAGAACCACCCACAGGUCAUGGCUUGUGCUGUAGCUAAGGUCCAGAGCAAUGGCAAUGAGACUUUGGCAGCAGUCGUCGAGGUGGACCGAAAGCUUGCAAUCAACAAGGACAUCUCCGAAAGCGACAUAAAAGAGCACAUUGCACACAGCGUUCCGGCUUAUAUGGUGCCCGCUUGUGUAUGGCUGCAAACGACACCAUUGCCCCGAACAACGAGUGGUAAGCUGGACCAACGGGCUAUCAGCAAGAUGGCAGAGAGCAAGUACAAAGAGCAUAGAGAGAACCUCUCGACUAAGGUACAUCUUCCCGUUCAGGCGUCACCGGGAAGCGAGGAAGCCAAGAUAGCCUCACUCUGGGCAAAGGUGCUAGGGGCAAAAGAAGAUGCAAUAGACAUCACUGCAACAUUCUCUCAGAUGGGUGGUGACUCUAUUCGGGCCAUUGUACUGCUCGCGCUACUCCGACGAGAUGGUUUGCACUUCGAUAUGACAGAUUUGUCACAAACGUCAACGGUUCAGUCCCAGGCUGCCAAGCUUCACGAGAGUAAGACUGUCAACGGCAACCCCAGGUACCUACGCCUACAUGUGCGCCCGGAGAGUGAAGCAAUCAUCGUCCUCGUUCAUCCUUUCCUCGCGCAGUCGACUGUGUUUGAGCCUCUGGUUCCGUUAUUGGAUGAGUCGUUCGACAUAAUUCUCGUCAACGACCCAUUCGUCGGCACUUCCAAGUGUCCGGAAACGCUGACCGAAUGGGCGAGCUCUUAUCUCCAUGACAUCCAAACUCACAUCCAGUCCGACCGGCCCGUGUUCUUUGGCGGAUACUCCUUUGGCGGUCUAAUUGCAUUUGAGAUGGCUCUCCUAUGGGACAAGCAGUGCGCGGGAAAUCCUGCGUCCGUCAUCUUGCUUGACCCAGGAACCUAUCGAGCAGAGGAUGUCCCCUUGGAAAAUGCGAGUGAAAGGGACGAUAUGAUACGAAGCUCACUCGGUAUGGCAGAUAUGGGGUCGAAGGACAUGUUGCCAUUCCAAGAACACUUUAACCGCCAUGUCAAAGCUCUGAGGCAGUCUCACAGCCCACCCGUGUUUCAGGGGAGAAGCCUUCAUCUGGCGUUACCUGAUCGACUGCACGAUGGGGUGGUGGACUGGUGGAGAGCCCAAUGCAGCAAUGUCACGUGUCAUGUGCUGGACUGCGGCGACCACUACGCGUUGUUGAAGGACAACGCCGCACUGGGAGCAGUGAGUCGCUUGAUCAACGAGCAUUGUCACGCCUGCAUCGACGAAGCUCGCUCCAUGGGCAGCACCAGUUCGGGGUUCUUGGUCGAUGGAGGAUCGUCGAGAACAGAUGUAUCGACGGAAGAUGAUGGUGAUGUUGGAGCGAAGUAG